AUGGGAACAGUUUCCAUAUUUGUUCCAAUUCCGAAGGUUACAAAGUUGGAGCUGGUUUUUAGAGAUGAGGUGUAUUUGGCAGGUCAGAAUAUUGAUGGGGAGGUCAUCUUGGAGCUGAGUGACACUUUGUUCCUUUAUUCUUUGAAGCUGAAGUUCGCUGGCAAAGGGUUUGUGGAGUGGAUUGAGGAAACUGAUCAGUCGUUGGAUUACACCAGGGCAGUCCACUGCAGUAACAAAGAAGAUUACUUCCAUCAUAUCCUCACACUGUGGGGAGCAGAUCACGAUGCUGAAGGGUUGGAGCAGGUCCUGGUUGCUGGUCCCCACAGUUUCCAAUUCAACUACAAGCUGUCCUCAGACAUUCCUUCCUCCUUUACCAGCAAACAUGGGAAAAUACGGUACUACCUCCGGGCUUUCUGCACAGCAGUCUCGGGGACCUUAGCGCAGGUGGAAAAGGAACUAAGAGUACAGGAAACAUACAACCUUAACCUUGAUCCACAAACCAAGCUCCCUGUGAUGGUUGAAGCUGAAAAAGGGGUCUCGUACCUAUGCUGGACAUUCCCAGGGAUUUCUUUAAGAGUCUCGAUCGAUAAAGGCGGAUUCGUCCCUGGCGAAGAAGUCAUCAUUACAUCCCACAUCAACAACCGGACACCAAAGAACGUCAAGUCAAUAUCUUACUCUCUUUACUCCGAGAUCAAAUACAAAGCCUUCAUCCAAGAGGCCUUUUGCGACCACUUCCGGGAAUUUGUGGAGAAGAUGACAAUGAUCAAGACAAACCCUACCGUCGACAUUCCGCCCAGGAACGACACAAAAAUAGUCGGAUUGUUGCAGCUGCCCAGCCCCCUGAUUGUGAGUGACAUGUCCAGGUGUAGGAUUAUAUCUGUACAGUACUGGCUAGUGGUGGCGAUUUCCAUCCCAGGCACUCGUACAUCUGUGUCAGUCUCAGCCCCCAUUAAAAUUGGAACCACUCCAGUACAAUUGUACAAGUAGUACAAGAGAAUGGCGGUUGAUUGCGAUGGAUAUAUAUAUAUUUUAUUAAAUGUUAAUCCAACCUCCCCGAAUGAUACCAUUUGACUGAAAUAUCAUAUUAAAACAAUUAUUAGAAGCAGAUCUUGUUUGAUUAAGUCAGUCCAGUCUUUAUUUGUGUGUGUUUUAAAUGUGUGUGAAGAGGUACAAUAAAGUAUUUGUUUUCAACCGUUCUGUCAGGUACAGCAG